AUGGCUGGUGGGUGUGAAGUAAGACUGGAAGAACUGCAGUCAAGCGAUACCGAAAUAUUAGUAUCAUUAGUGAGAAGUUAUCUGGAAUCUUCGCCUGAUACUGAUAAGGAAGCCACAAUUAGAUUUCGUUCACCUUACAUGCAAACGACAAAACAUGAUGCGCGUGGAGAUGCGGUAGCGCUAAUUGUUGAACAUUUACAGCAAAGGAGGUUUCCUCUUUGGGCAGCUUAUACAAUAGCAUAUUCAUUAGUGGAUGUAUACGCGAAUGAACUGAACACAGCAGAGGUACCGUUUGAUGCGAAUGAUUAUAGUGCAAUCGACGCCACAGUUUGGUGUCGUGAAGUUAUACAUUAUUUGAACAUAUACCUCAACAAUUUGGUAAACAAUUCUGUUCCACUACCAAAGAUUCAAUCAAUUUCCGGUCAGCUGUUGUAUUCAUAUUGCGCCCAGAAAAAUCGACGUUCCAAAAUGGAAGAUCGUGCAGUCCUUUUGCCUUCACUUUCCGUCAUUGAGCCAACUAAGGGCGAUUGUCGUGAUCAUGAUUCGUUUUUUGCCGUAUUCGAUGGACAUAAUGGAGUCGAUUGCGCCAGUUAUGCAAGUUCUCAUUUUGCACGAUGUCUUAUCGAAAAUACUCAAUACGCUGUCGGUCAAAUUGAGAAUAUAAUGAGAAAUGCUUUCACUGAGCUCGAUAAAAGACUUACUGCACGAUGUAAAAAUGAGCAUAUUAAAGGUGGCACUACUGCUGUCUGCGCUUUUCUUCGAGCUCGGAGGCAUUUAUGUGUCGGUUGGUGCGGUGAUUCAGCUGUAGCCGUCUUACGAAAAGAUGGAGUACGGACAUUAUCUUCAGCCCACUCGCCAAAUGUUCCGGAAGAAGUACGUCGAGUAGAGGAAGCUGGCGGUAUGGUUGUGCCAAUACAAGGAGAGCUGAGGGUCAACGGAAUUUUAAAUCUAACACGCUCUCUAGGCGAUAUUGAUGGCAGGCCAAUGAUAUCACCUGAGCCAGAUGUUUUGUCGUUCGAGCUUGAUAAUUCCGAAUACCUUUUAUUGUUAUCUUGCGACGGUGUUUGGGAUUCACUAAGUGAACAGGCGGUCUAUUCUCAUGUUGCGCAGUUUGUUUCUAAGAAUUCACAAGAAAAUUAUGGUAAGCUGGCAGAAUUCAUUGUUGAUCGAGCCAGAGAAACAGGAGCAACAGACAAUUUAACGCUCAUCUGCGUUUUUUUGAGAUCUGUGGAAGAUUUAUGGAAGCUGUUCACUGCUGAAACUUGA